AUGGCUCAAUCAUUCUUGAAACGAUGCUUUGGCCUCGGCGCCUCUGCCGCUCCCGCUGCCACAACAUGCUCUGCUACCCCAGAGAAGAGCGCCGUUCGUGCUCUUCCCGCUUCAUGGUACACCUCAGUUGAGAUGUACGAGCUCGAGAAGCGUGCCAUCUUCUCCAAGAAGUGGCUCCUCACCACACACCAGGCCAGACUCCAGAAGGCCGGUGACUGGCUCAAGUAUGAGAUCGCCAACUUCGAGCUUGUCAUUGCCAAGGAUAAGAACAACAACAUCAACGCCUUCCACAACAUCACCCGCUUUGGUGCUUUCCCCAUUGUCGCUCCUGAGCAGGGUGACAACGGUGAUGCCAGCACCGGCUUUGACCAGACCCAGAACGGUCUUCUUCCCAUCCACGUCAAGAUUGAUGCCCGUGGCUUCAUCUGGAUCAACAUGGACGGUGCCAAGGUCCCUGAGGUCGCCUGGGAGGAUGACUUUGACAACCUCGACACCCACGAGCGCUUCUCUCACUACAACUUUAACGACUACAACUUCGAUCACGUCUGGGAGAUGGAGGGUGACUACAACUGGAAGAUCCUCGCCGACAACUACAACGAGUGCUACCACUGCAAGGUCGCUCACCCUGAUAUCCCCACCAUUGCCGACCUCAACUCCUACUGGGUCGAGACACAGAAGUCUUACAUCCAGCACUUUGGUGCUCAGCGACAGGAUCAGAUUGACCGUGGAUUCCGCAUUGCUGUCACUUACUACCUUCCCAAUGCCUCCACCAACAUCUCUCCUCACUUCUUCAUGAUCCAGCGCUUCGUCCCCCACAGCCCUACCCGCUCCACCAUGCGCUACGAGUUCUUCCGCAACAAGCACUCCAGCGACGAUGACUUCAACCUCAUCACCGAGCUCUACAAGCGCGUCAUGUCCGAGGACAAGUACCUCUGCGCCAAUGCCCAGAAGAACGUCAACGCCGGUGUCUUCAUCAACGGCGAGAUGCAUCCCGAGAUGGAGCAGGGUCCUCUCUUCUUCCAGCAGAGCAUCCGCGAGCAGCUCCAGAACCACCACAAGAAGGAGCAGGCUAUCGGCAAGGAGAUCUGGCCCGCGCAGCAGGCCGCUCCCGAGACAACCAUCAACACAAAGGCCAACGGCGGUGUCAAUUACUCGUCUGGCACCGACUACAGGCCCGCACAGAAGGCAAUUGUUGUUUAA